CGAACUGCCCAUCAUUUCCAACGACCGGUUGCAUUUCCCAAGAUGCGUCGCCGCGGGUCGUGCAUGUACUAUGCCGACGCGGGCCUCCUCGCCGUCGGCAACCUCAUCACGAUCGACGACUGGAUCCUCGACCGCGACCGCAGCCACUGCAGCGUGUGCGUCCAGCAGUUUCACGCGUUCAAACGGCGCCACCACUGCCGGACGUGCGGCGAGGUCAUUUGCAGUCGCUGUUCCAAGCACCGCAAGCUGCGCCUCGUCGAGCUCAACGUCGACCUCACGGCGCGCAUCUGCGCCAUCUGCGUCACAGCGGCGACGCUUGCAGCACGCGACGUGUCGGCCGCGCCGUUGCGCCCGACGCUUCUCGAGACGCCGUCGUCGCCCGUGUUUGCCGUGCCCGUGCUGCCGUGGGACGACGCCAACUUGGCCACGUGGCGCCUCGAGGUCGCGCGCCAAGCCGACACGCUCCAACCGGAUCAAGACGACACGCUCAAGCUGCUCGUGCACCUCGUCGCGACGUCGCUGCGCUGCCCGAUCGUCUUUUUAGGGCUUUUGGACCCAAGCGGCCUCCACAUCCAAGCCAGCCUCGGCCUCGACCCGUCCACCGACAGCCUCGUCCAGUUUUGUGCGCCAGUGUGGCGCCACAAUGCGACACUCGUGCUCUCCGAGACGGACGAUGCGAUGCUGCGCGACCAAGGCCUGCGGUACUUUGCAGGCACGCCAAUCGUCGUCGAAGGCCUCGUGCUCGGCGCACUCGUCGCCAUGGACAUGGAGCCCCAUGGCAGUACCAACCUGAGCCAGCGGAAUACGCUCGAGUCGGUCGCGCGGAUCGCCGCCGAAGUCCUCGAGCAGCGCGCAAAGGAAGCGAAUCAUCACGACGCGACCACCGAUCUCUCGCUCGACGUGCCCGAGAAGAGCGAAUGCGAAGAGGAUGCCGGCGAUGGCGAAGGCACGGCGCCCUGCACACCCAUGAAUGAGUUUCAAAAGGCGCUUUACGCCUCGUCGCCGCGCGUCACACGCUGCAGCGACUCGAACCAAACGAUCGAACUGCCGUCGUCGGCGCAGCAAAUGCCAGCGUACGAGGACGCCGUCGAGUCGAUGCUGCAAUUGUACCGUAUCUUGCACGGGUGCUCGUGGGAGCCGACCAGUGUCGUCGUGGCCGAUCGCCGCGUCCAGUUUCAUACCUUCCACGAACGCUACCAGCACGGAUACAUCAAGGCGACGCGCGAGCUCACGUCGAUGCCAGGCAGCAUGUCGUGGGCGACGCUCGUCCAGCUUCCGCAGAUGCACAUCUACAGCAACUGCCUCGCGCAGUAUGUGAGCCACCAGCCCAUCGAUGGUCACACGACGCUGCACAACGUCGUGUUUCAGCCAGGCAUUUCGUGGACCCGCGCCAAGCAGUACCCAUUGCUCACGCACGCGCGCGACUACCCGAAUGGCGCGGCCGUCUACCUCGGCAUGCAGCUGCGCGACGACCUCGUGCCCGAGUUUUGCUUUGGGUGGAUGCUAGGCCCGAGCGACGACGAUGGCCGCGCCAAGGUCUCGGUCAUUGUGCCGCAGCACCGCGAGAUCCACGAAGCCAAUAUGAUUGCGACGUGGCUCGACCAGCUCCAAGAUCUGGCGCACGCACCGCGCGAGCAGCGAGCAAGGUCCGUUGAUAUGUCCUCUUCGCACGAGGUUGUGGCAUCCCGGCCCGCCCGCGCCAAUACGACCGAGAGCCGGCCCGCGACCGAAGCUUUCUUCUGGACCCUCCUCGAGCAGACGAUCUCGACCCAGCGGAUGCUCUCGGAACGCCAAUCGGACCUCAUGCACACGAUGGAAACCAACGGAAGUCGCCUCCACCAGCUCACGCAGGCGGUCGAGCGCGUCGAGUGGCGGCUCGACCAGCCUCUCUAA